CCUCUUGAGGUUACAAAAUUCAGCUUGAAGUUGACAACUUUGUUCAAAACAAGAACCAAUGAUGUUGAACUACCACCUUUUCUUUAAUAAUAAUUAAUGAAUAAGUAAAUAAAUAAAAGAAACAAAUUAUGUAUGUCAAAUUUCAUGGUGAAGGCUAAUUAUUAGACUGGCUGAGAACUAACUUAUUCAUCACUUUCUCUCCCAUUCCGAGUGUAAGUAAGCAGAAACUCACACAAUUCUAAGUGAUAAGAUAAUGGUUCAUUCUGCACGAUAAGAUAAUAAAGAAAGCCUACCAAAACAGGAAUAUUUUAUUCUCAAUCCUGCUCUGCUAUAUCAUGGAAUGCCUAAAAAUAAUUUUGUAAUGAAAACUGAUACUAUCAGUCAGCUGAUAUAGAUGAUCCCCCAAAUUUAGCCACAGAAGAAAACAAGACCCUGCCUACUUGUAACAGAAUACCACUUCCAGCUUCUGUUUACCCAUCAAACUUCUUACGCCUCAAAUAUAACACAUAGUCUUCCACUUUUGGGUGUUGAAGUGUUUUGGUAAUCUGCUGCUACAUGUGAUAUUGCUGGUAUUGGAAAUAAGAAAGAAAGAUUUCUGGGAUUUGGUUCUUUAUGGCAUGAGAGCACCAAAAUUUGGAUGAUUUAAGGAUAUCUGUUUCUGGGUUUUGUAGAUUACUACUAUUAUAUAAAUAUUAUGGUAAUGGAGAUCGUCAUCUCUGUGAUACUAUUGUUUGUGGGUAUUACUGUUUUGGUGCUGAUUCAUGUUUGUAUAGUUGGAAGAGCUUUCAGGAGAAGGUAUGAGAAUGAUCAGGAUAUGGUUGCAGCACGGAUUAGCCGCAGUAGCAGUAACAGGAAUGGAAGCAAAGUGAUCGCAAACGAGGAUUUGAAGGAUCUUCCAUGCUUCGAGUUCAAGGCAACAGAGAGGGGAGAGACUAGCUCUGCGGAUUGUGUUGUUUGCUUAGAGAACUUCAAUGUGGGUGAUAAAUGCAGACUACUGCCGAACUGCAAGCAUAGCUUCCAUUCCCAAUGCAUAGAUUCAUGGUUAGUGAAGACUCCCAUUUGCCCAAUUUGUCGAACCAGUGUCAAUCCUCCGAACACUGGUGUCAUUUUGAGUCAAGAAAGCAGUGUCUCAUUGGCUGUUGGAGUUGAAUUAGCAUAGCGAAACUGGAUUUCAUUUGGGACUUGCCUGUACUCCGAUUUGUCAAUCCAUCAUACUGAUCAAAUCAGCUUUCA